AGAGUCCAGUUUUAGUUGGUUGGUUGGGGUCGUUCUGUUUUUUUUCUUUCUUUUAUUUAUUAUCUCCUUCACUGCUUCACAAAGACGGCGACCAAUCUAUAACCGGCGAUACUCUGGAUCAGAUCUCCGACGUUGUCUUUUUUUUUCUUUUCCUUUCUUUCAUUCUCUCUGUCUCUGUCUGUCUCUGUUAUUCUCUAUUGGGUGUGUGAGAGAAGAAUGAUGAACGGUGACGAGAUGGAGAGCGAGUACAUCAAGAGACACCAUAGUCACGAGCUUUUAGGGAAUCAGUGCAGCUCUACGCUUGUAAAACAUAUCAACGCUCCUCUUCAUCUCGUGUGGUCACUUGUGAGGAGAUUCGAUCAACCACAAAAAUACAAACCUUUUAUUAGUAGGUGUGUGGUUCAAGGAAAGAAGCUUGAGAUUGGUACUGUUAGAGAAGUUGAUGUGAGAUCUGGUUUACCAGCUACUAAAAGCACCGAGAGGUUAGAGUUUCUUGAUGAUGAUCAACACAUCCUCUCCGUUAGAAUCCUCGGUGGUGAUCACAGACUCAAGAACUAUUCCUCAAUCAUUUCGUUGCACCCGGCCGAGACGAUAGAGGGAAGAGCAGGGACAUUGGUGAUUGAGUCGUUCGUGGUGGACGUGCCGGAAGGUAACACAGAGGAGGAGACUUGUUUCUUCGUAGAGGCUCUGAUUCAAUGCAAUCUCAAAUCUUUAGCAGAUGUCUCUGAGCGUCUAGGAUCAGAAUCUAUAGAGACAGUAUGAUUGGGAUGGGUAAGAAUGUAUU